UUCUUGUCCUAGUUGCAACAGCAUUCCGGGUGGAGAGGAACCUCGAUGCUCUUGUAAAUGUCUCUUGUCGAUAAUAUUUAUUAAUAUCUCGGACUAUAUAUACGAUUUAUAUCUGAGCAGGCUGUGAGUCUCCCAGGAACAACUCAGGAACAGUGAGUUAUGAAUCUCCACCUGACUACACCCACCCUCGUCGUCUCCAGUUACUGUAUCACCCGCCACCGCAGCACUGACUACCAACGCCAAGGCUGGCACUAGCGGCCUGGCUUCGACUUGAUCCACACAAAGAAGAAAAAAAAAAACUGAAAGGAGAGAGAGAGAGAGAGAGAGAGAGAGAGAGAGAGAGAGAGAGAGAAGAAAACCCUCCCCAGCUGCUGUCCAGACACACAUGCUGCAUUGCUCCCAUACCCAAGCCUGCAUCCCAGUGGCCUGGCCUCCUGCUAGCUCUUGGCACCAAUAGGGAAGGCCUACACUACAGGAUAUAAAUAUAUCCAGUGUGUACUUCAGUGUUUUUCUUUCCCCUCGCGCCCCCCCCUCCCGCCCCCGCACCCCCCCUCCCCGAGUCACCCUCACGCCCAGAGGGUUACACACCCCGUUACCUGUCGCCUCCUGCUUCUCUGAAUAGUGGAAGUGAUUGGCUGGACGGGGCUGAGCCAGAGGCAAACUGAGAGAGAGGGGCAGAGCUAAGCAAUGGAGCCCAAUAUGGAGUACUGUCUUGCUCAGGUGCUGCAGAAGGACAUGGGUCGCAGGCUGCAGGUCGGCCAGGAGCUCAUCGACUACAUAUCUGACAGGGACAAGUCACAUGACCUGGAUCAGGACCAAUCAGACCUGGACAAGAUGGUGGAUGGCAUCGCUACCACCUGGGUCAACUGUAGCAACUUCAAGGUUGCUUUGCUAGGAUUGGAUCUUUUAUCUGCCUUAGUGACAAGGUUGCAGGACCGCUUUAGGACACACUUGGGAACAGCCCUGCCCAGCCUGAUAGACCGCCUGGGUGAUGCCAAAGACCAAGUCCGCGACCAAGAUCAAAUCCUGCUGCUGAAGAUCAUGGAACAAGCUGCAACACCACAGUACGUGUGGGACCGAAUGCUGGGAGGCUUCAAACACAAGAACAACCGGACCAGAGAAGGAGUUUGCCUCUGCCUCAUCUCUACGCUUAACAUGUAUGGGGCGCAAGGCUUGACCCUCAGUAAAAUCGUCCCCCACAUCUGUAAUCUGCUCGGAGACCCUACCAGUCAGGUGAGAGACGGGGCCAUGGCCUGCUUGGUGGAGAUCUACAGACACGUGGGGGAGAGGGUGAGGAUGGACCUCAGCAAGAAGGGCCUGCCCCAGUCACGGUUGAACGUCAUCUUCAGCAAGUUUGACGAAGUCCAAAGAUCUGGGAACAUGAUUCCUUCCUCAGGCUCAGACAAGAACUUUGAUGACGAGGACUCGGUGGACGGGGGCCGGUCCUCCUCCUCCUCGUCCUCCAAGGCACCCCCCGGGGGCCGGAGGCCCGUGGCCGUGGGCUGCGUCAGGAGGCCCAGCUCGGCCGGCGCGCCCAAGGUCGCAGGUAAAGAGGGUGCCAGUGCAGGUGGCGUCGACGAGGAGGACUUCGUCAAGUCCUACGUGGAUGUGCCGACCAUCCAGCUCCACUCCAACCGUGAGAUGGAGGAGCACAUCAGCAAGGUGCGGGAGGUGCUGUCCGACGACAAGCACGACUGGGAACACCGCGUGGUGGCGCUAAGGAAGGUGCGCUCGCUCCUAUUGGGCGGAGCGUUGGACUACGAGGGCUUCCCCCAGCAGCUCCGCCUCCUGGAAGCCCCCCUGAAGCUGUCGGCUAAGGACCUGCGCUCCCAGGUGGUCCGCGAGGCCUGCAUCACCCUGGGGCAUCUGUCGUCAUUGCUGGGCAACAAGUUUGACCACGGGGCGGAGAGCAUCAUGCCCACGCUCCUCAACCUGGUGCCCAACAGCGCCAAGAUCAUGGCCUCGUCUGGGGUGGUCGCCAUCCGCCUCAUCCUGAGGCAAACCCACUACCCGCGCCUCAUCCCCAUCAUCACCAGUAACUGCACCUCCAAAUCAGUGGCGGUGAGAAGGCGCUGCUACGAGUUCCUGGACCUCAUGCUACAAGAGUGGCACACACAAACCCUGGAGAGACACGUGGCCGUCCUCACAGAGACCAUCAGGAAGGGAAUCCACGACGCCGACUCUGAGGCCAGAUCUGUCGCCAGGAAGUGCUAUUGGGGUUUCCAUGGCCACUACAGCCGGGAGGCGGAGCAUUUGUUCCAGGCGCUGGAGUCAACCUAUCAGAAGGCUCUCCAGUCACACCUGAAGAGUUCCGACAGCAUCGUGUCCCUGCCCCAGUCUGACCGCUCCUCCUCCAGCUCCCAGGAGAGCCUCAACCGGCCCCUGUCUGUCAAGAGUGUCAUAGGAGGCAGCAUGACGCGGAGUAAGCUGAUCAGCUCCAGGGUCUCCUCCACGCCCGGCUCCCUCCAGCGUUCCCGUAGUGACAUUGACGUCAACGCCGCCGCCAGUGCCAAGUCCCGCCUCUCCACCGUCCCCUCGGCGUCUCCCUUCAGCUCUGCCUCCGCCCUGCCUCCAGGGUCCUACGCUUCCCUAGGCCGAGUGCGUACCAGGAGACAGAGCUCAGGAAGUGCUGUGGGGGCCUCCAGCACUGUGGUGGACAGCAGGGGGCGCAGCCGAGCCAAAGUGGUUUCCCAGUCGCAGCGAUCCAGAUCGGCCAAUCCCAUCGGUGCGGGCAGCCGCUCCAGCUCCCCGGGCAAGCUGCUGGGCCACGCCUACGGGCGGAUCCCCCGAGCCGCCGUGUCGGCCGCCAGCACGCCGCUGGACAAGAGGAGCAAGAUCCCCCGCAGCCAGGGCUGCAGCCGGGAGACCAGCCCCAGCCGCAUGGGCCUGGCCCGGAGCCGCAUCCCCCGGCCCAGCAUGAGUCAGGGCUGCAGCCGGGACACCAGCCGCGAGAGCAGCCGCGACACCAGCCCCACCCGGGGCUUCGCUCCUCUGGCCUCCCGACGUCACUCCCGCUCCACCAGUGCGCUCUCCACGGCCGACCCCCACGGCCAGUCAGACCGGUAUGGUUUGCUCCACCAGGCCAGGAUCUCGGCGUCGGUCAACGCCAUGCGAGUCCUCAACACCGGUACUGAGGUGGAGGCCGCCGUGGCAGAUGCUCUGCUGUUAGGAGACUCCAGGAAUAAGAGGAAGCCGAUGCGGCGGCGCUACGAGUCCCCGGGGAUCUACUCGGACGACGACGCCAACAGCGACGCCAGCAGCGCCUGCUCCGAGCGCUCGUACAGCUCCCGCAACGGCGGCGGCCUGCCCCACUACAUGCGUCAGACGGAGGACGUGGCCGAGGUGCUCAACCACUGCGCCAGCUCCAACUGGUCUGAGAGGAAGGAGGGGCUGCUGGGCCUGCAGAACCUGCUGAAGAGCCAGAGGAUCCUCAGCCGCGUGGAGCUGAAGAGACUGUGUGAGAUCUUCACCAGGAUGUUUGCCGACCCACACAGCAAGAGAGUGUUCAGCAUGUUCUUGGAGACCCUGGUAGACUUUGUCACGGUGCACAGAGAGGACCUCCAGGACUGGCUGUUCGUCCUGCUCACCCAGCUGCUGAAGAAGAUGGGCGCAGACCUGCUGGGCUCCGUCCAGGCCAAGGUCCAGAAAGCCCUGGACGUGACCAGGGAGUCUUUCCCCUUCGACCAGCAGUUCAACAUCCUGAUGAGGUUCAUCGUGGACCAGACACAAACGCCCAACCUCAAGGUGAAGGUGGCCAUCCUGAAGUACAUCGAGUCCCUGGCCAGGCAGAUGGACCCCACAGACUUUGUCAACUCCAGUGAAACACGCUUAGCCGUGUCUCGCAUCAUCACGUGGACCACAGAACCCAAGAGUUCCGACGUCCGGAAGGCUGCCCAGGUGGUGCUGAUCUCUCUGUUUGAGCUCAACACCCCCGAGUUCACUAUGCUGUUGGGGGCUCUGCCCAAGACCUUCCAGGACGGAGCCACCAAGCUGCUCCACAACCACCUGAAGAACUCCAGCAACACCAGCAGCAGCGUGGGUUCUCCAAGCAACACGAUUGGCCGAACUCCACCCCGCCUCACCCCCAGUCGGUCCAGCCCCCUGACCUCCCCAACCAACUGCUCCCAUGGAGGACUGUCUCCCAGUCGGUUGUGGGGUUGGAGUGUCGACGGGCUGUCAAAGCACCCCCUUCCCCCUCCUCCGCCUCACUCCACCCCUGCCGCCCCCUCCCUCAGGGUCCUCCGCAGAGCUUACUCUCCCAGCAUGACGGAGUACGACACGGAGAACAUGAACUCCGAGGAGAUCUACAGCUCGCUGCGCGGCGUCACCGAGGCCAUCCAGAGCUUCAGCUACCGCAGCCAGGAGGACCUCAACGAGCCCAUCAGACGAGACGGCAAGAGGGACGAUGGCGCUGGGAGAGAAGGAGGGGUGGCCUCCCCGGGCUCUGACGCCCGCCUGGGGCUGGAUGUGGUCGAGGGGGGGCGUACCGCCCUGGACAACAAGACCUCCCUGCUCAACACCCCAUCGCCCCGCUCCUUCUCUGGGCCGCGGGGCCGCGAGUUCGCCCCCUACGGCUACGGGGACACCAUCAGCACCUACGACAAGAGCGCCCUGAAGGAGGCCGUGUUCGAUGACGAUGUGGAGCAGUUCCGCGACUGCCGCCGGCAGGACUGUGGAGAAAACAAGAUGGUGGUCGUCAAGGGCUUUGCACCUGUUCCCCAUCACCACUCAGACCUGGUGGCCGACCUGCUGAAGGAGCUGUCCAAUCACAACGAGCGCGUGGACGAGCGCAAGGGGGCGCUGGUGGAGCUGCUGAAGAUCACGCGGGAGGACAACCUGGCCGUGUGGGACGAGCACUUCAAGACCAUCCUGCUGCUGCUGCUGGAGACCCUGGGGGACAAAGACCACACCAUCAGGGCCCUGGCUCUGAGAGUCCUGAAGGAGAUCCUGAGGAACCAGCCCAUCCGCUUCAAGAACUACGCUGAGCUCACCAUCAUGAAGACCCUGGAGGCCCACAAAGACUCGCACAAAGAGGUGGUGCGGGCCGCAGAGGAGUCAGCUGUCACCCUGGCAGGCUCCAUCCAUCCAGAGCAGUGCAUCAAGGUGCUGUGCCCCAUCGUGCAGACGGCCGACUACCCCAUCAACCUGGCCGCCAUCAAGAUGCAGACCAAGGUGAUCGAGCGCAUCACCAAGGAGUCCCUGGUCACCCUGCUGCCCGACAUCAUCCCCGGGCUGCUUCAGGGCUAUGACAACACAGAGAGUAGCGUACGCAAGGCCAGCGUGUUCUGUCUGGUGGCCAUCUACUCCGUGAUUGGUGAAGACCUCAAGCCACACUUGGCCCAGCUCACCGGCAGCAAGAUGAAGCUGCUAAACUUGUACAUUAAGAGAGCCCAGACCACCAACAGCAACAGCAGCAGCUCCUCUGACGUGUCCUCACACAGCUAGUGGAGCAGGGGGACCUCCACCUCGUCUGUCUGCUGCUGGCCUGGAGGUGGAGGAACAUCAUGGAAUGACCUGAGAUAUAGUAGUGCCUGACCUUCUCCUUCAUCUCCUGAGCUUCAGCCCGUUGGACUCCUACAGCAGACCCUGUCUCCAUGCCCACCCGUCAUGGCUGCCCUUGGUUCAGUUCGGUUCCCCUGAUGUUCACUCCUGAUGAGUUUCUGUUUCCUCAGUAAACCUUCUCCUAGUUUCUGCAUCAUCUGUUUCCUCCCGUUUGUACGGAAUGUUGGAUUGUUGAGUUUCUACAUAGAGGAUUCCUGCGUUCUGACUGUUCUAAAGGUUCUCAAUAGGAGGCCAGUUCAUCUACGACAACACGUCAGGUGGGCUGGUUGUUUUUCCCUAAUGUAAGAUGGUCUGUUGAGCUUUUCCAGUUGUUGCCGGAAGGUUGUUAUGCUGUGGUGUAAUAAUAUUCUGACUUGUCUCUAGAUGUUACUCCUAAUCCACUUGUUUAGCUGGAGGAACAGCUUCUGAAGGGGCAGAAGUAAAGUUAUUUCACUUUCGAUUUUUUUUUGGUGAUAAAGAAUCAUUUGGCUGGCCCAGUGAUGAUGUAAUGCCCAUUUGGAUCUGGCAAAACUUGGGGGGGAAAAAGUACAUUUAACAUGUAUAAUUACGUCACGUAAUUAUAAGCAUUAUUUAAAAAUAAAAUUGGAGAACACCAGUUUGACACAGUGAAGUUUGUUUGUCACUUUAAUUUUGUCACUUUGAAGACUAAAGGUCUAUUACGUUAUACCUUUCGUCUAUAAUUUGGAUUAAAAAAAAAUUACCUGAAAGUGACAAAAUGUUGAAUUUAAGUUGAGCCCAUCUUAAGACCUUCACGCAAGAAUUACAGGAAUACCAUCUAAAUGGCUCUCGUUUUCUAACUAAAAGACAAUCUGAGAUGAAAACUGGCAUAAAAUUAGCAAUCAGGUUUGUGACAAGGUCCUCUUUUUUGUGCUGUUAAGUAUGUUGAACACUGAAUGACCCACCAAGUUUAGAUUGGAAACAAUCAGCCUGUUAUCAGUGUUGUCAGCUAAACACACAAAGGCUCAAAACAUUACUUUUUACUCAUUUUUUGUUUUAUAAACACACUUGUGUGUACCUGUUGCAAGUCUACAACGCUGCUGCUUAAAGAAGUCCACCGUGUCUGACAUGUGAAUUAUGUAAAUUCACAUGUUAAUUACUGCAAAUCACAUUAUGUAAAUAGUGUUACCAGGCUCAGUGUUUGAGGUAAAACUGUUGAGACUACCAGGUUGUGUGUUAUAUAUAUAUAUACCACAGUCAGGCCUGACCACUUGGACUGAGGAGAGGGGAUGGAUGUAAAGUGCUGUAAUUGUCAGCUCUUCAGAAUGUGAAACCCCAACAGAAAUAAACUGACUUGCAAACAGACAUUAUGGUAUUGACCCAACAUGAUGCAAAUACGUUUAGUUUGUUUAUCGAGCACCAUUCCCACCCCUCCCUCCAUGUGACAACAGGUUUUUGCUAUAUCAGUAAAGUAUUUUGUAAAUAAACCUUUGGACACCGCUUCGCAAUUUUCAUAAGAUGAAAUAACAGUUUGGCUAUAUCACUUUUUUGCACGUUAGCAAAAAGCUUGCAUGUACUGUACUGUGGCAACACAGCUAUGUUCAUGGGCCCAGUUUUUGGCUGUUGAAGUGCACUUGUAACCUCAUUUACAGUGUAGUCAGCCUUUACAGACUAAUGUUUCUGCAUAGGCAAGGUACUGUAGCCAUGUGUUACACUCAAUGAGCUUCUUAAGUUGACCAAAUCCUCACAACGUCUGUUUAGACAACUGUUAACUGGAUGUAAUGCUAAGAAUUAUGGCUGCCCUGGAAAAAACACCUCUCCUGGAGAUGUGGGGUGGGCUAUAACCUAGGGAAUGUGGCUUCUGAAAAUGUUUGCUUUGGUACUAUUUGACUUUCCUCCAAUUAACGCAACAAAUUAAGAUCACCAAAUAGUUUCUAUCUGUUCAAAAAAUUGAGUCUCUAUCCUUUGCGAGUGACUCUGUUUCGUGUAAAGGAGAAGCGAACCAGUAGAAAGUCUUGCUGGUAACGUUUUGGUAGUUUACGGUCAAGAUAAUCUGAUGCAUUUGUGGCCACUACAGUAAGGUAUUCCUAUUGAUCUGUUCACUAUGCAUGUUAUUAUUUUUAUUUCUUUUGUCCUGUUUUGUCAUGUAAUAUUAUUAUCUGUAUUUAUAUGUUUAACUUUUUUUUGUGUUUCUCAUGACAACUGUACAGAAUGGUUUUGUUAACAGCCACCUGUGAUAGAUUUGCGACAAUGUAAAUUUGUUUGCUUUAGAAAUAAACCAACGAGAAAGUU